AUGGAGACGCAGACGGACGUUCGAGCACAGUACGAGGCGCGAGCACCGUAUCAGGGAAACAGCGACGAGAUGGAGCGGGUCGGGUACGAUGAAGAGACUGGACGACAUUACUUUCGAAAAGGCGAACAAAUCUACGCGAGUCAACCGAGUGUCGAAUUCGAGGGCGCAUUGAGAAGAAUUGGAGACGUGCUCUCCCGACCAUCACUUUCCCGCGAGCUACCAGAGGUACCCUUGCCAUCCCUCAAACGGAUAGGACGACGAUAUCUCUUUCCCAUUCUCAUCUUCACCUCUAUCCUGCUUUUCCUGUUAAUUCUUCACCAGUUUUCGUUCAUAUCAAUCCCCCUACUCUCCUCGUCCGUGCACUGCUCGUCGGAUCGCCUGGAAGUGUAUCAUACGAUUGAGGGUGAUCACUGCUGGGUGCUGGCAAACUACCGUGGAUGGACGCUCAACGAGCUGUUCAAGGAGAACCCAAACCUCGGCCUUACACUACCGGCCACAUCGGGCUCGACUCUUACGCUAUUGUCUCGAGCGUCAAAGAAGGAAACGAGAAAAACUGGGAAGCGGAAGAUGAUCUUGCCAGACGAGUUUGAAAAGGCCGAUAUCUGGGUCGGCGAGAGCGAUACAGAGACAGAAGACGAUCUGUCGUCGUGCGGAGAUGAGGAAGAGAUGACAGUAUAUGGUGGAGGUCGACGUGGAUACCCAACGAAUCCUGCAUCAGCCAAAGCGAGCACUGUUGGCGGUCCGCAGCAGGAGGAGAAACGUCGACGACAGAGGCCCAGAUCACGGGAAGAGAGAACAGUCGUUCGAUUAGGAAAUGGGCUGCAUAUUUCCUUUCACCAUCAUCACAGACGAGGGGAUACGGCGACGACAGGGGAAGAUGAAGAAGGAGUGUACGAUUUAGCAAAGCAGCUGCAUGCCGUCGUUGGGCAUGAGAAUCCACUCAAUUCACGGACAGAAACAAGGCGAACAGCGUCUCUGCGGCGGUCAAAACGCCUCGAGGCAUCAGCGGUCUCCAAACAACAUACUCACAGACAAAAUCCCCCGACCAAAGAGAUUACUCCAUCACAUAUGCCUUCCCAUUCCCAUUCGACCGAUCCCUCUUCGUCGCGCCGGGUCGAGCACCGACGACGACCAAGCCUAACACCCGACUUUUCACGCCGAAUUCCACUCCAUCCACCGGGUUUGUCAGGCGUUGGCCUGUGGUCGGCGCCCUACAAUCGCGACAAUGCGGCCCGAGAACCUCCAAGAGGAGAAGACGCGGAGGAAGAAAGGCCGACGAAUCCGAGUCCGAUUGUGACGCCCAAUGGGGGCGUCAAGGACCUUGCGCUUCCACCGGAGACGACAAUGAGUCGGAGUCGGAAUCGGAGUUGUGUAGAUCCCCUGGUCGAGAGCGAAGAGGUCCAUCAGCUAGAAUCGAUACAUACUCUAUGUGUAGGAGAAAUUCCACAGCGACGGGAUGUUGGAUUGCUUGGUUCGCUGCUGGCAUGGACGGCGAACUGGGGCUGGCGGCGACGGUAG